ACUCCUUUCUCUGCAGAGAUCAAUGCUGGGAUCUUAAACAUCACUAAUGCCUUAUAGACAAUCCAUUAACAUCAGUCUCCUAAUUGGCCAGCCAUACCAUUAUUUCUAAAAUAGGGAUCCCUUCCUAAUGCUACAGCUACCAGUCCCUUGAUUUCGUGGGUACAUUAUCAUCCAUAUUAUCAGCUGUGUAACAUUUUAAACUGCAACAUAUUCUUUUUACUAUUUACUAAGCUGUGUGUGUGAGUGACAUACAAAAAAUAGAUGAAUAUCGCUGUCGUACUUACUGCAGCAUAUGAGCUGAUCUGGUUAGACGUGAAAUGCAGACAGAAAACUACCUCACCUCUCAAGCUAAUUUUAGUCUCUCCCUGCUUUCUCUCUAGCUGUGUGUGUAUAAAAUCGCUUGCAGUCUGACAGCGUUCCAGUAACCUGCGCCACACACAGAGCAGGAUAUAUUUACUAACCAUCUGCUUGCAUGGCAUGGGUUAACCGAGCCUGUGGGAUUGUGCUUACCUAAACAAAACCACUGCAGUGAGGGGAAAAACAAUGAAUGGGUGGAGAUGAUCAGCCCAUGCAUUCCAGCUAGUGCAGUCCAGGCAGCAAUGACAGCCUGAAGGUUGCAGCAGCAUCGGGAUCUGCAUUCCAAGUGCACAGAUCUUACCAUCUGGAGCGAUUUUACGGGGAGCAGCUCUUUAUUUGCUGAGCCAUGGCCAGUAACCAGGCCAGCCUGCAGGACGAUCAGAGCAGGCACUGCAAGUUCUUAUCCUAUAUGUUCUAUCAGGCUGUGAGAGAUCACAAGCCUGUUUGGAUGCUAGAAGACAUGAGAACUAUGGAAUAUUUUUACUGGGAGGAAAAUGCCAGCCUAAGAACGUACUCACCUUCAGAAGCCCUUCUCUAUGCAGUGGUGCAUAACCACCUGCCUUAUGCUCAGUAUCUGCUGUCUCAUUUUCCAGAGGAGGCUCUCAAGGUGCCUGGGGAACACUUCUGCUAUUGCCCAUCAUCUGCUCCCCACUUGGCCAUGGCAGUCACAUAUGACAGGAGAGAUAUCUUGGGGCUGAUCAUCAAAAUUGCACACAAGCUCCCCAGCUUGAACUCCUACAUCAAUAGGACUGGCUGCUUUCAUCUGGAAGAUGGGAAAACACCCCUACACCUUGCCUGUGAACUGCUGAGGUCAGAGACGGUCCUCAUCCUCCUUGGCAAUGGAGCUUCUCCUAGGAUAGAGGACAGCAAAGGACUUACCCCGCUGGACGUCAUCCUGGAACAGAUGUGGGACUCCAAAGUCAACGUGGCAUCAAAGAAGCUCUGCCUCGACUACCUCUUGCUCUUCAUGCCCAACCCACAAUUUAAGAUGCGGAAAGUUCUACAAGAUCAUCCAGAGCACUGGACAGCUUUGCUGGGGGAAGACAAAUUCAACAGCCUGGUUGGGAACACGCCUGCUUCUUUAUAUCUGCAAGCUAUGCAAACUAUUCUCCAGACUCUGCCUCCAUCCCACUUCCCCAAAAGCAUCCAGGAACUACCUAUACCUCAGGCACUAAAGCCCUUACCAUCUUAUGGCAAAAAGCUAACGACAAAAAAUGUGGUAAAUGUUUUUCCUUGACUUUAUUUGCUGGGUCUUGGAUUUUCAAAGGCAACUUAGGGGACCUGGUCACCCAGCACCCUGUGUAUUUUAGUGUGAUUUUAAUACUUAUCCUAUUAGGCUAUGCUGGAAAAUCCAAUAUUUUGUGACAAGAUUUUAAAUGUUUGUGAUUUUUUUUUCUUUUCCUUUUUUUUUUUUUUCCUAAUUGAUUGCAGGCACGGCACUUUUAAAGACAAAAGCCUUCCUUGUUUUCUGUUUGUUGUGCAUGUGAAGGGUUAACUGUAGCUGAGACUGUGUUAUGUUUGUUUUUUCAGCUGUCAGCUGGUAUCAGUGUAUCUGAAUUCCCAGUAUAACUGUAUCCUGUGUAAUGUACCUGGGUAAAAAGGAACAACUCCUGCAGUAGGAUUUUCAAAGGGUGUAACUGCAAGACUGUGUCCUACCCCCUCGCAGGAAAAAUACUAGGAAAAAUACUACCGUGUAUGAACAGGAUUGAAACGUCAGGUUUCCUUUCUAACAAUGAUCCAGUAUCCUCUAGUAACAACCAAGAAGUCUAUGGUUGAUACUGCAGAGACGUAAAAUUAGUCCUGCAGAGUGUGUGAUUUUAAUGAGUUACUUGACGGUGGGUUAUAGCAUGGACUGUAUGCACUUAGAGAGGGCCAGUGGGUGUAUAUUCCGAGGGGCAAAUUGGGACAGGCAGAAGAGCUAGUGGAAAGCAUCCUGGCUCACAUGGGAGUGAGGGGGUUAAAGGCAACCCAGCCCUGAUGUCUCUACAAAGCUGUGCAGUGGGGAGGGAACCAUUUUCCAUGCUGUCCAGUAAAAAAUUGCAAAUCAGAGCAGGUCCACUGGUAGCCCUAUCCUUCAUGAGUGACAUUAUUUAUCCUUUACUUGUGUUUUAGGGGUGACUGUGUCUCCAGAAGUGAUGUAGCUCACUAACUUGAUAUACCAGUGGGUCUGAGAGUCACGGGCACUUGUUAGUUAUCCGAAAUGUGGGCAUGACAUCCUGCCAUUAGAAGUUGUUGCUUGUCAAUCAGAGUAUUUUUGUUACCCGAGUCUAGACAGAGGGCCUGAUCCUGGAAAAUACAAAAAGUUCCCACUGAUUUCUAUGGGAACUGAAGGCAGGGUGUUUUUGCAGCUUUCCAGAAGUGGGCUGUCCUUGCAGGGCUGGGGAUGCCCUGCCCAGGCAGAGUCCUGUCUGUUCAAGGCACUGGUCCUGCUCUCCUGGCUGUGCCCAGCACCAGCAGAGCAGUGGAAGAAUCCUAAAUCCCUCUUGAGGAACAUCCCUUAUUUUGGACCCAACUGUUCUCCUUCCUUUGUAAGUGUAAUCCUGUGCUAUAAUGAAGUAGCAUAACACAUUUUCCAAGAUCCAUACUGAGCAGCAGUGAAUAAAUCCCUCAUCUCUUCAAAUACGUUUGGUGCAAAAGGCAGUGGGGCACAAACCCCUUUCUGCAAGGCUCUGGCUAAGAAAAGAUGUGCGAUCAACCUGUGCAUUCACAUCUGUGAACAGUGGAAUCAUUCAGCACAAAAAUGUCUCCUGUCUCAUCUGGCUAGUUCUCUGCCUGUGCCAGGGCUGCUGUACCAGAGCUGCACCCUUUUGUAUUAAUUAGCACGUGGAGCACUUCUGCUUGGUUUCUCUGUGUUCAGGGUACCUCCUGUGUGCCAGGCUACUGGUGUUGCCAGCCAGGGCCAGGUGGAGAUAUCUUGUGGGGCUGUGCCAGAGCCAGCUGGAAGGGCCCUUUGGAGAUGCUGGGACACUGCUCCUGCACACCCUUUCCCAGGUGCUGGGAGGUAGCACUGUGCCAGCGUUGCCUGCGCUGCACUGGGUGAAGAUGCACACUUGGUGAGGCAGAGAAAAUGCCAGCCAGACCUACCAGUGGUGAGCAGGCCACAAAAAGGUUAACCCUUCCCCUGCAAUCACACCUCCCUGUUGGUGCCCCUUCAGCUCUGCCUCUGGAGACUUGCUCUGCUCUCCCAUCUCAGUCUAUUCUACCUUGUUCAAGGAGGGGAGGACACGAAUAGUGGCAGAGAAAUCCAGGGUAAAUCUCGGGCAAGGUUUUUGCACAGAGGCUGCAGCACACACUGGCAGGUGGAGGCUGUCACAGCUUCAGGAAACAGAGCAGAGCCAGAGGCAGAUUUGCAUAACAAGUAGUGGCUGAGCUGCUUCUGCCCUGGCAGCCUCCAGAAAGGCAGUGUUGGAGGAGGAGGACAAAGCAGGCACUUGCUGCCUAAGGCUGCUGAGAGUGACUCUGCAGAGCAUAGUCUCUGUGGCACCCCUGGAGCCCAGAGAAGCAGGAUUCACUUUGUCCCCAGCAACCAUGUGGUAUCUUAUCCGUAUGUCAGUGGGCGAGAGGCAGAGGAGGCUGGCGAUGGCUAUUAUUAGAAUAGUGAUUAGGUGCUGGGAGCAGAGAGGAGGGAAAGUAAAUCAUCCAAAGGAGGGAUGGUAAAUCAUCAACCAUUACUGCACUGUCUUGAUACCAUGAGAGUUUUGAUGCUAUAAAGAGUUUCAAAAAAGGACAGGAGCGACAGUAGGACUGCUCAGCUUAGAAAACAAAUGAUGCAGGUGGGAAUUCUUGGCAUUACUGAGGCAGCUCUUUCUAACAGGGCAGGGAUGUGUGUCCAGAGAGCCAGAGCAACCCACUGUGAGCAAGUGCUUCUAAAAUGGUGCAGGGAUUAUUUGUUGACUAAUAGUUGGGGAUCACUGCAAAGGUCAGAGUUCAGGCACUUUGGCACUCAGGUGGCUUUGUACCAAGCAGAAUGCUUUAUGUGCCUGUGUGAGGUUAUCCACCAGCCAAGACAGAGGAUAAGAGCUUGAUUCUGAGCAAUUGCUCAAGAAACUCAAAUUCUGGGGCAUAUCUGCACCUGGUAUCACAGCCUGGAAGAAGGCUUCUGACUGUUUGCUGGCCAGCAUGCAAAAACUCAGGUAUUGUUAGCCCAGGGUGCAACAGGCAGCUGAUCACACCAGAGCUCUGCCAUUUCGGCUUUUCCUGACCAUUUUAAGAAAAUAUCAAGCACUGUCUGGGCCUUGGCCACUCUCCUACUACCUGACCUCAAUGUACAGUCCCACUGGGCCAGGGUUUAGGGCCAUUAGCAUCAUGGUGCUUCAUUUACCGAACAAGUUUUUCCAUCAUAAGAGUGCAGGGUGGGAUGUCCUUCUGCUGGAGGGAAGGGAUCUUCUACCUAAACCUGGUUCACUAAUCUUGCAGUGACCUGCCUGUUAGUUUGAUGUUCCAUUUGUCUGCUACAGUACAGUCACAUUACAUCAUUUACAGACAAAUCUACCUCAGCCUUUUCUGUGUUGAUCAUUUUUUUUUCACUCUUUCCAAGCCAGGUUAUUAGCAAAAGUAAAUUCUAUAUACUUUCCACUGUUCCUGCUAUCUGACAGUCAGUAGUCUUUAAAAAACCCUGUACUUGCAUGGCAAAUAUGUUAGUGACUUUGCUAGUAAAAGAAAGUGCUAGGUGCUGUGUAGUGAUGUUUACAUUUUGCAUAUAGACAUAGUAAGUAAAGGUAGCUUUUUAUUUCAGAACUUGUCAAAAAGAAUGCAAGCAAGAAAGAAAAGAAAGAGGGUUCAGUCUGUGCUAAUCUUUGGAUUAUAGGUUAUGUUAUUUGAUUUCAGUUGUCAGGAGUAGCACUGUAAAGAUCUGAUGUGUGUCUGUGUUUUACUUCAGUAUCAGUGAGCAUCAUUUCAGUGAGCUCUGAGUGACCUUGCGUUUGUAUGUGUGCAUGUAUGUGCACACAUGUAUGUCUGCCCUCUUCUGGUACAAUUCGUAACUGACUGACAGUACUUAGACAUCACAGUACUCAUACACAACAGUGAUCAAUGCCUUAAGAAAGCAACCUUUUAAUGAAAUAAGUUUGUGUCCCAAGCACUGUGCUGCUAACAGGUAAGAAUGUUUCUUCUCUUUCCAAGAGACAGCAGCUUUGCUUUUGAAACAGGCGUUCUGUCCCUAAGCAUCAAACACAAGGGCUUCUUCAUGCCAACAGACACAAUCAUCAGCAAAGGAUUUGUGACAGUGGACACAUUUAAUUCUUAAACCGACUUUUUAAACAAAAUCUAUUAAACGUACAUCUUCAUCUUUCUUUUUUCCUGGGCUGACAGUAGAAUUCAGCUACAUACGAUUUACCAAUCUUAUGCUACUGUUUCUGCAGCACCAUUAGCAGGGAGGACAGGCCAGAUUUUGACCUCAGUUACAUCUCUUUACACCUGAACUAACACUUUUUACAAUGGUCAGUUGCACCACUGCUGAUGCUUGUUGGUAUAAGAAAAAAUGUGUUCUUCAAAGCUCCGUAACUCUGACUUCAGAAUAUAAAUAAAUGUGAUACUUAAUCCCUGAAAACAUUUUUUACAUUUUUCGUACUUUGAAUGUAUACAGAUAUAUUCUCUAACACUGAUGGGCACUUCCCUGUUCCUAGUUCCCUUGGCUUUUUUUGUCUUCAGCAUGACAGGGACUGAUGCUGUUGUUUACUGAUGAAUGUUGCCAUGCCCAAGUACAAUGUUCAUUGUAUGAUACAACUUAAUGAUUCUAUGAUUCUAACUUUCUUAUAAAGCCAUACUUUUGUAAUUUUGGUUUCUCUUUUUUAGGGAAAAAAAUCUUCCAUAUACUUGUGUUUGUACAUUACUCACUGCAUGACUAAAGAUGAAAAGAUUGCAACGUGCUGGGAAUAAAAAAAAAUAUAUACCUUAUAUAAAUAUAAUAGCUGUGAAAAUUAUUUAAUCUGAUUGUAUUGCCAUAAUAAACUUGCAGUAUAAAUUUGAUGUGUCUUUUAUCAGCCAGUUGGUCAAAACCACCCACCAGCUGCUUUUGCUUUGGCUCAUCUUGGUAUUUGAUUACUUCAUUCUGACUGCUGAGCCAUUACCUCCAAAAAUUUGAUCUGAAGAACAUGGUAUUUUCUUUCACAGGCUUGUAAUAGCUGGCUGUGCUGCCAGGGGAUGACCCCAAGUGAUGAGGUGAACCCACAUUUCACAGACUUGCUGUAAGGUGAAGGUGAAUCAGAAGGGGCUCAACAGGAGCAAGUGGUAAUUGGUUUUGAAGAUUUUCAUCUUUUAUGUUUGAGCUCAGCUCACAGCAGCUUAUGACAAAGCUCUUUCCAGUGAAUAUAACAGUGCUGGCAGGCUCCUUCCCCUAUCUCAUUUGUAUGCAGUGAACAUGCUCCUUUCCUUACUAAGGUUUUAACUCUGGAAGGAAACAUUUCUCUGUUAGGCUUCCAGAACCAACUCUAACUUUUCCUGCGUGGUCAGCUGCUGCUGAAGGUCCACGGGCAGAUGUGCAUCUGGUACUCACUGUGCCACCUCCCUCUGGGUAACAAUCUACUGGCAUCUGUGUAGAAACACAACCCGGCCAAACUCCUCUACUGACCUGCCGAACAGCUACUCAGACUAUUUCAGAUGACACCAACACAAGGCUUGCACUCCAGUGCCAACUGUACCUACAAAUCUCCUCUAGUGCACUAUGUACAAGGUAUAAACAAAGGAGUUAGUACUUCAGACUGUGAUUGCACAAUAAAUUAUUGUUUUCAUGGUAGAAUGUGGAGAGGGGAAUUGCUUCCCUGAUUCCACUUUAAAAAAAAAAUAAUGGCCAAGAUUAUCUCUUUGUAUUUCUAGUGGGAGAUUUAACUACUUUGCCCCCAAGAAUGUAGUCCCCAGAGGCAAGUUUUCUGGCUUAUUGGUUUCAACCUUCCCUGUCUCUCUUGAUUAUUUUUCAACAGUCUUAGGAAUCUGGAGCAG